AUGUUCCCUUUCAGCAAAAUAUGCACAAGAACUGUAAACUAUUCUUAUAAUAGGCUCACUAACUUAUCUCUCUCUUUCAUUUCCAUCUCUUCCUCCCUUGCUCUCUUUCAUUUCUCUUUGCUUUCUUACUUGCUCUUUAACUUUCUACCUUCACACUUUGUUUCUCCUUUCCCUUCUCUCCCUUGUUUCUCUUUAUUCAACUAUAUGGAAAUGGCUAGCUCUCUUCUUUUUCUUUUCUUUUUCUUUUCUUCUUAUCACUUCUCUUUUUCUUUUUUCUCACCUCUUCUCAUUUUUGUUGCUCCUUUUUUCUCCUCCUUCUUAUUCCUAUUCCUUCUUAUUCCUCUCUUCCUCCUUCUUCUUAAUCCUCUCCCACUUCAUGUUAUUCCUCUCCUGCUUCUUUUCCUUUUCUUUUCCUUUUCUUCUUUUCCUUUUCUUUUCCUUUUCUUCUUUUCCUUUUCUUUUCCUUUUCUUCUUUUCCUUUUUUCUUCUCUCUUUUCUUCUUUUCCUUUUUUCUUCUCUCUUUUCUUUUCUCUUAUGUUUUGUUUUCUUUUUCUCUUUCCUUUUUUCUUUUUCUUUUCUUUCCUUUUUUCUUUUCUUUCCUUUUUUCUUUUCUUUCCUUUUUUCUUUUUCUUUUCUCUUUCCUUUUUCUUUUUCUUUCCUUUUUCUUUUUCUUUUCUCUUUUCUUUUCCUUUCUUUUUCUUUUCCUUUCUUUUUCUUUUCCUUUCUUUUUCUUUUCCUUUCUUUUUCUUUUCUUCAUCUCUUUUCUUUUCUUCAUCUCUUUUCUUUUCUUCAUCUCUUUUCUUUUCUUCAUCUCUUUUCUUUUUCUUUUCAUUUCUUCUUCAUCUCUUUUCUUUUUCUUUUCAUUUCUUCUUCAUCUCUUUUCUUUUUCUUUUCAUUUCUUCUUCAUCUCUUUUCUUUUCUCUCUUCUUUGAGAGGAUGCAUGAUGUUACAGACUUUCCAAGGGAAUGGGAUGAGAGUUCAUAUCUCACUGCAACCUCAUUUGCACUUAAUCUCUCUCUAUCUCUCUCUCUCUCUCUCUCUCUCUCUAUCUCUCUCUCUAUCUCUCUCUAUCUCUCUCUAUCUAUCUCUCUAUUAAAAAGAGAGAAUCUCUCUACUCUCUCUCCUUUCUUUCUCUCUCUUCUCUUCCUCUCCCAUCUCUCUCUUCUCUUCCUCUCCCAUCUCUCUUCUCUUCCUGUCCUUCUGUCCCUCUUUCCUCUCUCUCUUCUCUCUCUUCUCUCUUCUCUCUCUCGUCUCUCUUUUCUCUCUUUUUUUCUCUCUUCUCUCUCCUCUCUCUCCUCUCUUUUCUCCUCUCUUUCGGAAUGA